AAUUUACAUGGUAAUUCUUGUUUUUCCCAAGUUUUUUCGUCGUAGGCUGGAUUUUUUUAAAGAUUAAUGUUAUAAUCAUUUGAUCGUCGUGUACCAGUAGGAAAUUUUACCGGAAAUUCAAUGAUCCUCAGACAAAUCGUGUAAAAUUCUGCGUCUGAAGCAGGGAUAAUAUCUCUUGAUUUUUGAUAUGGUGCCGAGAUGUGCAUUUGAAGCAUGGGUUACUCAGUCAGAUAAUUGGAAGUGAAUUUGGAUGGUGAUCUGUUUUGCCCCCAACCACACCUUUUAAAGUUUUACAGUUAGAUCACAACUUCAAACAGCCAUAAUGUCCUCUUCAACAACUAGGCAUCUCCCACUUCUAUUCAUAUCUAAAUCUGUUUCAAAAAGUCUGCUUUCAAAUUCAAGUAAUUUUGGAAGGCAGCAUAAAUCUCCCAAUAUUUUCAUAACAGCAGCAAGCCGGUAUGAUCGAACAUUUUCAACAUGCGGACGCCCUCUGCAGUCUUACUCUCCAGAUAAAUUGCCAGAAACAACCGUGAGGAGUAAGCGUAUCCCAAUCCCAACUUUCAGAAAAGCAGAGGCAUAUCUAGAUAACAUAGCACUGCAAGAUCAUCAUGGCGAUUACUCUUAUCGAGGUUUAUUUGAGAGUAGCGCAUCAUUUUCAAAAAUUCUAAUGAAUGAACUAGGUGGCAAAAUGCAGGAACGAGUCGCAUUUUUGUGUCCCAAUAGUGCCAGUUAUAUCAUCACUCAGUGGGCUUGCAGCAUGUCUGGACAGAUUGCUGUUCCCUUGUGUCCAUCACAUCCUCCUACAAUGUUAGAAUAUUUUGUCACUGACAGUGAUGCAAAAGUUCUAGUCACUACCAAAGAAUUUUUGAAUGUACUGGAGGACCUUGCAAAGAAAACCGGACGAAAAUUACUUCUGUUUGACGAGAGUCUUUCCGAUGCUGCCAUGGUCAAACUAGAGAAGAAAGUAUCAUCAAGUGCUGAAAAAACUGAACAGGAUUCAAAAUCUGAUGCCCAAGACACCAACGUUAAGCCGCUUGUGGAUGGAGGUCUUGAACCAGAACUUUACAGUUGCUUGGACGCUUUAAUCAUCUACACAUCUGGCUCCACUGGCUCUCCAAAAGGUGUUGUGUACAACUACACCAAUUUGGAGGCUCAAAUUUCUUCAUUGGUGAAAGCAUGGGCCUGGACAAAUAAAGAUGCCAUCCUCCAUACUUUACCAUUACAUCACAUUCAUGGUGUCGUUAAUGCUCUCGCCUGUCCUCUCCAUGUUGGAGCCAGAUGUGUCAUGAGACCUAAUUUUGAUCCAGCAGAAGUUUGGCACUAUUUGUUAGCUCUAAAGCAAACUCCUGAAGAAAGAGUCAACAUAUUCAUGGGCGUUCCUACAAUGUAUGUGAAAUUAAUUGAAGAGUACGAUAAAGCAUUGAGUAAGACUGAAAAAAUGGUUGAGUAUGUCAAAAGCCAUUGUGAAAAAAACAUAAGACUGAUGGUUAGUGGCUCUGCUCCGUUACCAAGUCCCAUCUUCUCUCAGUGGGAAAAAAUUACGGGUCAUAGAUUAUUGGAACGUUAUGGAAUGACUGAAACUGGCAUGGUCUUGUCAAAUCCAUUAAAUGGAGAUAGAAUUCCAGGCUCUGUAGGACAGCCCUUGCCAGGAGUUGCAGUCCGAAUCGUUUCUGAAGAGAAUGAGAAACCAGGGUCUGUAAUAAUGGAAGCUACCGAAUCGACUUGCAAUAUUUUAUCAAAAACAGAGGAAAUAAAGGGAACCUUAGAAGUCAAAGGUGACGCAGUAUUUCAGCAAUACUGGAGGAAGCCAGAAGCAACUAAGCGAGAGUUCACACAGGACGGCUGGUUCAAAACUGGUGAUGUAGCAUGUUACGAAGACAAUACUUUCAAACUCUUAGGCCGGAAGUCAGUGGAUGUUAUCAAGACUGGUGGUUACAAAGUCAGUGCCUUAAAUGUUGAAACUGCCCUUCUCGCUCAUCCAGAUAUAGUUGAUGUCAGCGUUGUCGGUCUCCCUGACACUACCUGGGGACAAAAGAUUGCUGCGUUGAUUGUAGUGAAGUCUGGGCAAGAAAUCACUCUUCCAAACCUCCGAACCUGGGCCAAAGAAAGAAUACCACCUUAUGCUGUUCCAACAGUAAUGAAAGUAAUGGAUAAAAUACCUCGUAAUGCAAUGGGUAAAACGAACAAAAAACAGAUAGUACAAGAAUUAUUUCCAGAACACAAAGGGAACUAGUUAGUCUCUACUUUUAAAUGUGCUGAAAUAUAUUUCAGUAAAGAAAAAACAAGAAUAGAAGCUUCAGAAAGAAAGGAGUAUGUUUGUUUCUCAUUUUGCUUCUGUGAUAAUUGGAAUAUCUUUUUCCUUUUUAUUCUUGACAUUUUCAGAACUGCCGACCCUCCAAUAUUGAUUCAUGUACCUUUUUUUUUUAUUUCUCAAAGAUUAAGUCUCCUUUAAAUUUGUUAAGCAUCACUCUGAAUUGAAUCUCAAUAUUUACCAAAAAUGAUUCCUCUUGUGAAAUCAUAUUUGAUCUGUCUUCUCAAUUUCCUAACAUGAUUUUUCCUAAUUGGCCAAAAAAUGCAAUUUUAAAAAUUUUUGUUUGUGAGCUCUGUAUGGUAAAUUAUUAGUUUUCAAACCCCAAGUUCCUAUAUUCCAAUAUUAUUUAGACAUCUCUUAUAAUUUUAAAGGUUCACAGAAUAGUCUUGUUAGUUGCGUAAUUAGAGAAAAUGAAAUGACUGUAAUGGUUGUUUGAAAAAUUGUCCAUUACUGUCAUUUGAGGAGUGCAGAGAAAGAAGAGGUAAGUCACCUUAGGUACGUUUCAAAUCUUGGAAGCUCUGAAUUUUUCAAUAAAUAUUGUAACAUAAAUUUCCUUAAAAUUUUUUACCGCAAAAUUCUCCUCUGGUUUGAAUGGCUCUGUUGAACAUAUGAAGUAAAGCGAAGUGAACUGACUUUUCAUGAGUCAAAUCACACACAAAUAUUGAUGAGCACAUGAAGAAAGUCUGCAAUACACCUUAGGCUUGCAAUGUGAGCCAAAGAAUUAAGGAGCAUUGGCACAAAUGAGUGGAUUUUAGACUAUCAUUUCUCAUCAUGAGAUUUUUGUGCGAUUUUACUUGCAGAAUGUCUAUUCAUUUGGCUAUCUCUUACCUUCAACAGUUCAGUUGACGAAGAGAAAAAUCCCUCACAAUUUGAACCUCUGUUCUUGGAUCCAGAAAAAUUAUUCAAGAUUCACACAAUUUUGACAAUGAUUGUACCUCCUUCUUUCCUCAUACUCACCACCGUUUUGUGUACUCUUAUUCAUUUUUUACCUCCUGGUAACUAGAGUCUCAGUUUGAUGUCCUCUCUUUAAGUUUCACAAGCAGAACCGAGUUUGAGAGGAAGAGGGAUAGCCAAAAUACCUGCUUAAUAUGAAAAAUUGGUUACAUUACCUGUCUUUUGAGUUUCAUCAGUUUACGCUUGAUGGCAGUGUUGUAAAUUGUAUGUGUAUCGAACUAUGGAAGGUGAAACUGCAGAAAAGCGCAACUCGGUUGCGGCAUUGCAAAGUUACCGCGCCUGUUUUAUUUUUAAGGAGACCAAACCAAUAUCAUGACUUGAAAUUUUCAAAGAAUAUCCUUCACAUUGAAAAGGAAAAUCACCGAAUUUUUCAAGAAAUAUCGUUUGGGUAUUCGUUUUUAAUACAGAAAAUAGAGGAUGACUGAAAAUUUACAAUGCCCCAGACCAAGAUAUCCAUUUCUGCAGUUUCACUAUCGAUAUUUUCAGACUCCAACUAAGGAAAAUACUAGAACAUGCAUAAUGAUUAGAUCUAUAAAAUUAUUUUUCGUUUUUGUUUCUUACAUAUCUGCAAAGAGAAUUUUUUGAUUUUGAAUAAAAAUCUGCUUUAUAACCUA